GAUUCGAACAUGGAUGACACAGGCCACGUAAUGACACAGGAAUGGAAAUUGGGAACUCCGAGGAUUGUUCUAGUUGUGAUGUCCAAUGCGGCACCUCUUACUCAGUGGACAAAUACACGGCAAAUCAAAAGUUUCCAGAAAGGAUUAAUUAGUGCAACCAACACCACGGAAAUGUGGAUUUUGACCAACGGCAUCAACAUAGGCGUUAGUAAAAUAAUUGGUGAUGCUGUACAAGAAGAAAUGCAACGACGAAAUUCCAAGAGACACUUUCAGAAACACCACUUAGCAAGUUCAGAUCCUAAUUCCAGGAUUGUGUUAGUGGGAGUGGCCAGAGAUGACCUACUCAAUCACGGCGACGCUUUCGAUGGAAAAACACAGCGAAUCGAAAUCGAGAAUGAAGGCAACAAGAUCGAAGAGCAGAAAUUCGAUUUGAAUCCUGACCACUCUCACUUCUUGAUCGUGAAAGAUGGAACCAUCAGCAAGACAGGCAUUAAUUACUUUUUGCUGAGACUGCAGCAGUAUUUGGCUACAACUCUUGAGCACCCACGGAAGUCAGCAACGACUUAUC